GUCCAUGAAUAAGACUGAAACGAUAUUCAUUAUACAAGAUUCCGUUAAGCUUUCUAUUAAAACUCAGGACACUUUGUUUGGGAUUCAUCACAGGGAACAUCAGAUUAAUUGGGAAGUCAACUGAGGGACAAAGACUAUACUUCUAAAGUCGUGCACUCGUGGUGGAAAGGUCAGGUCAAUAAUGUUGUGGGAGUCGGCAGCAAAACUUGUCGCGCAAAGCAUCUUCUUAGUUUUUGGAUUGGCAGGAAACAUGUUUAUCCUGCUCACGAGUUUCACUGACUGGAGGAAGACUCAUAACACGAAUCCUUAUGCUGCUAUCACAAUCAGUAUUGGCUUCUCUAACAUUCUACUCCAAGCUACUACAUUUUUAAAUGAGUUCUGUAUUGUCCUCUCGACAAAUGUUUUUAUGCAGGAGACAUCGAUUAAGUCCUUCAUAGCCAUCCAGAUAUCUCUUUUUAUAAAUAGCCUGUUAUUUUCCCUCUGCCUCUGCUUUUACUAUUGUGUGAAGAUCCUCCAAAUUACCCAGCCAUGUUUUCUGAAGAUGAAGCAAGAAAUUGCUAGAAUAACCCCCUGGUUUCUCGCAGUAUCCAUGCUUGUAUCUUUCAGCAUUGGAAUACCCUCCUAUUGGGACCUUUACUGGACUCUUACCGGAGCAACAAACUCAUCAGUAAACUGGAUUCAAAUGAAAGUAAAGUUCAAUAGAAGAUACCAGUGGGUCUUUAUUUUACAGAUGCUGACAUCCUCAGUAGCUUUAAUAGUCUUCUUCUGCCUGGCCAUCACAAUUCUCUCCUCCCUUUGCAGACACAUGAGGAGAAUGAAACACAACAACGCUGGCUUCAACAAAUCGAGCUUGGAUGUCCAUGUUUCAGCUGCUAAAACAUUGACUUUGAUCUUGCUUCUCCAUCUCUACUUCUUUGCGGCCAUAUGCAUCCUCUUCAACUCUACACUCACCUGGGGAACCUGGUUUUUUAAUCUCAGCUACAUAAUGGUCACCAGCUUCCCAUCAUUGAAUUCUUUAAUUCUCAUCACUGGGAACUCACAGUUAAGGAAUACCCUAAAAAAUAUCUGUCUACUUUGCAGGAGUUGCUCUAUUAUUUCUAAGGAUAGGCAUACAGCCCCUGAUCUCUGCUCUAGUAUCCAUCCUACUUUGUAAAGGGUGAUGAGAAAAUGUGUUGUGUGUAGGCAGUGGUAGAUAAAGAUAUAUAUAGUUAGCCAAAAAACGAGCAUUAACUGAUCCAUAUGAGAAUAAGGAAUGCAGAAUUUUAACUAAUGAAACUAUUUUCUGCAGUAGUUUCCCUACCCACUUCAACUCUGAACAGUGCUAUAUUUAAAGGGUUUAUAUAAGUUUUGAUUAUGCAGCCCAUCCCUAGGGCCUAUAUAACCUUUCACUAUUUCUAUAACUUGCGUAUCUGAUAUAAAGCAUAUUUUUUAUAUACAGCAAUAAGAUGCAGCUACGUGCAAAAUGUAACAGCUGAAAAGCGGAACCUAAUAGCCAACACCUAGAUCAACGGCUAUUAUGAAAUAAAAUUGUGGUCAGUAAAGUAUAUUGGGCUAAGGAUCAGUUUUAUGCCAAUAUAACAAGUUUUGCUUUAGCCUUGUUACGUAGUUUUAAUGCAGAUGUAUUUUAACCAAUAAUGUUUAAGACAAUGCUUUUGAUAUGAUAUGAAACACGAUAAAUAUGUGUGUAAGGGUCAG